GUGCCAAAUCGCUUAGCGGGAAUCGAGGGAGGUGACCGAUGGUGUGAGGUGAGGUGAGCCCUGAUUUGCGAACAUGUCCAAUCCCGUAUUUGUAAAAUGGAAAAAAUGCUCGUUACUUGUAACGUCGAUUGUUCUCGCAAUGUUAGCUAUAACUUCGCCCAUCGAAGCGCUCACAGUAGAUGAGUACCUCGCCGCACCGAUAUCGACAGAGGAAGUGGAGCUGGAAGGGCAAGCCCUUGUAGAUCACAUCAAUGCUCACCAGAGUUUUUUCCGAGCCAAGUAUUCGCCAGAUGCUGAAAAGAACACCAGGUCUCGUGCUAUGGAUGUAAAAUAUUUGGUCAGGGCCAAUGAAGAUAAUAUAUUGAACAGCGUGCUAUCCGAUGCUGAGCUCCCCAAAGAAUUUGAUGCCCGGAAACAUUGGCCACAGUGUCCAUCUAUUGGGACAAUUCGCGAUCAGAGUCGAUGUGCUUCUUGCUGGGCUGUAGCAAUAACGUCAGUAAUGACAGAUCGUCUCUGCAUUCAAUCAAACGGCACCAAGCAGGUGUUCCUCUCCGAUGCGGACUUAAUGGCAUGUUGUACUACAUGUGGCAAUCCAGAUGGCACUGGAGGAGGAUGUUACGGGGGAUACAUAGCAAAAGGUUUCAACUAUUUGAAAGAGUCGGGUGUGCCAAGUGGAGGGCUCUAUCACGACAGGUCUUGCUGCAAGCCGUAUCCGCUCUAUCCUUGUGGUUCUGAAAAGUUUUUCUUCGAACCAUGUCCAGAUAAAUUUCUAACGCCCAAAUGCAGAAGCAGAUGCCAGUUCAAAUACGGCGUCGAAUACGAAAAGGAUAAGCUUUACGCACAAACGCAUUAUACCGUUCCAAAUAACGAGACGCUCAUCAUGAAGGAAAUAAUGACCAACGGACCUGUAGUGGCCGCAUUCGAGCUGUACAAAGACUUCUCAUGGUACACCGAUGGCGUUUACGUCCAUAAGAGUGCCGAUGUGUCUGAGAUGGGGCAUGCAGUAAAGCUCAUCGGCUGGGGAGAAGAGAACGGCGUAGCCUACUGGUUGGCUGCCAAUAGUUACAACACCUAUUGGGGAGAAAAAGGCUUUUUCCGUAUUCUUCGUGGGGUCAACCACAUCAAAAUCGAGGAAUAUAUAGAAGCAGGAACAAUGAAACUUUGAUGUCGUUAAGUUGUCACAAGGAUUUAUAAUUCAAACGAUGCUGUUAUUUUGUUUAAACAGCCAUAGAAAGAUAUAUUCUGUUUUCACAGACGCAGU